UAGUGGGUAAGCGCCACAAGCGAGGAGCAAGCAAGCAAGCAAGCAAGCAAUCAAGCAAGCAAGCAAGCAAACGGUUGCCUUUGCCUUGAAAGAAGAAGUCUGCGCCCGUUCAGGAUAUAAGCGCCAGGGUCUUCGCCGUGAAUUUGCUGGCCUCACACAUGAAGGAAUCGUGAUCGAUGCGACAUCACCGUGACCGAGCACUGCACGGCGCUGAAAAACCAACGUUGGAAGAGCGUCGGCGUCCGAAGCAUGGUUCGAGUGUGCUCGGUGCCGAGCGAGGACUCCUGGGCCCUGCUCGGAGAAUUGGGCAAUAAUGUUUCGGAAGUGCUGGUUUUUGACAUCUAAAGUACAGAGAUGCGUGACGUUUGCCGUGACGCUACUCACGCUGUUGGACCAAGCCCGCAGUCUAAUCUUCGGAGACAGACCGAUGUCGGCCUGCUACGGGGAACUCGGCUGCCUCAACUUGACGGGCUUUUACGACCCCAAAGUGCGCUUCGUCAACGCCAUGCCAUGGCCGCGAUCGAAGAUUGGCACCCACUUUCAGCUGUACACACGCCGCAAGCCCGACGUGCCGGACAUCUUCGCAUGGAACGUCACCGCUCAGCAACUGCGCGACUCGGCCUUUGACCCGCGCAUCGAGACCAAGCUGCUCGCCCACGGUUUCCUGCAAGUCGAGAGGGUUCCCGAUUAUCCGAUGAAGGCCGUCAGAGAUGCUCUUCUACAACUGGGGGACUUCAACGUGAUCCUGGUAGACUGGGCGCGCGGCAGCAGGUGCGAAUACGUCCAGGCGACGGCCAACACCCGCGUGGUCGGGCUCGAGGUCGCUCGCCUUAUCAGCCUGCUCCAGGAAGCGUUCGGAGUCAGCCCCUACAAGUUUCACAUGUUCGGUCACAGCUUGGGCUCUCAUAUAGCUGGCUACGCCGGACAGAAACUCCGAAGGCUCGGAAGAAUUACAGGUCUUGAUCCUGCCGGGCCAUUCUUCGAGGGCAUGUCUCCUUUAGUGCGACUGGACCCGGUUGACGCCGUUUUUGUUGACGCCAUUCACACCGACGGAGCACGUUUUAUGAUUCCUCUGCCUGUAGUUGGUUACGGCAUGAUCGAUCCAGUGGCGCACAUCGACUUCUAUCCCAAUGGCGGCGUCACACAGCCCGGGUGCGAAAAGAUCGUCAAGAACUUUUCACUCAAGAAGGGAGCCGUCCAAGGCUUUCGGGACUCGGUGACAUGCCGCCAUGAGCGAGCCACCCAGAUCGUGGCCGAGGCGCUGGUGACUGAGGCGAGUCGCGACUUGGGACAGUGCGCGUUCGUCGCCUACGCCUGCGCCAGCUACGAGCUGUUCCUGUCAGGAAAAUGCGCCGACUGCGGCCCUGACGGGACCGGGUGCGCCAUGAUGGGCCUGUCGUCCUUCAGGUCACGGCCUCGGCAGGGGACGGUCAAGAUGUACAUCCAGACGAACCAGGAGGCCCCUUUCUGCCUGUACCACUAUUACAUAGUUGUGCACGUAGGUCCACUGCCUUCUCCGGUAUCUGGGAAAUUGCGCCUUCAACUGAUGGGUCAAGAAGGACAAGCAACCUUGACGUUGAGUAAAACGCAUGAAUACUUCUCUUCUGGCUCCCGGCUUACGUACCUGUCCACAACUCGGACAAGAGUCGGUGACAUUCUGGAAGGUGCGGUAAACCUGCUUUCUACCGGCAACGGUUACAAGGGCGAGCUCGCGAUUCAGAGAGUGGACGUGUCUCUGAUGAAUAACAUCGCCGUGGCCAGGUACAAGAAAAGAGCCGUAAUACCUCUUUUUCCGACAGUGAACAACGGCUCCCAGAUCACGCUGUCGAGAUGCAACACCUAUUGAGCCGGCAAGCGUGCAACGCGCAUGCCACAUUGCUGUAAACUAAUUUACACCCUUAAAUGGGAAAUGGGAAGAACGGUGCGAAUCGGCCUACAACUCGUGCCCUUACACCCAAGAAAGGGUGCAAAUGCGUGAGGUGCAGACCGAUUUACACCACUAUUGAAUUAUAGGUUGUAAAUCACAUUACAGUGCACGGGUCACGAAACGGAAGUUUUGUAAUAAAAGAAAAAUAUUGCGGGUUAA